CCCCCGGAGGAUCCGGAACCUCCCGAACUCGAGCAUUCCGUUAACUCCGGAGACACCAAGCCGGAGGAAACACUCCUCGCCGAACAAGAACCAGAGCUAAACAGAGUCAAGUUAAGGGAUAAAAUCUGCCGAACCCUCCAGAUCCUCAUCCCACAUUCCGCGGCCAAAGAGGGAUUUUCGAUCCGGAGAAAGAACUCCGAAAAAAUCGGGCAGACGUGGAUAACUCCGGAAUCGCUGACUUGUUCCGGAGUGCCGCAAAACGACCCGGGCCUCUUCGUGGGCUACAAUAUACUGAACAAGUACAAUUUUAAUUAUUUCAGGGACAAUUUGAAAAAACUCUCAGUUCGCAACCCUGCGUUCAACAACUACCUCGAAACGAUCAGUGAGCAUGAUGAGUCGAAACAAACAGAGGUAGAGACGGAGACGACGCCACCUGAAACGAAAGAAUCCUCCAAUAAAGUAAUCCAAAAUUCCGGAAUUUCAGUUUCAAAUCUUCCGGAGAACAAUUUUCCUAAGAAAACGCCCAGUAAGAUCUCAGAGAAAAUCUCUCGGUCCAAAAAACUACUCAACUCGAAUAAUCUGUCGAGUCAGCUGGAUUACUUCUUCCCUGAAAGUCGGAAAGUCUCGAGUCUCAAACACCCCCUAGUGAUCGAAACCAAACCACACAUGAUGGUAACCAAAAAUCAUGUUGACUCUGGGGGUUUCGACGUUAGAAUUACGUCGAAGUACCCCUCGGUGCGUGGGAACUCGGCGAAAAAAGCCCGGAAAAGCCGGUCGGUGGGACCGGCCAGCUCCCACGGUCGGAAAAACGCGGCGCGACCUGUCAGGAAAAUCCAAAGUGCGGAUCGGGCGACCAGUCGCGGUUUCCAGAAGGCCAAUAAGGUACACGUGGCAGGUGGCAGCCCUGAGAAAGUGCGCGGGAAAAUUGAAUUCGGCAAAACGAGAGUUAGUCGGCUCAACGGGUCGAGCAACUCUGCAAACGAGUUUAAGGGCAGGAGGGGGAGUGGGAAAUUCAGUAGAAGCGAUGAAGAUUCGCAAGAGGGUAGUUCCAGUGGCUCGAGCACGAAGGCUCCUGCACGGAGGAUGUGCAGCAAGUGGAGUCAGUUCAAACUUCCGAAGUACAAUGGACUCAAUUCGGAGUAUGGGCUGUCGGCUGACCAACUGUACGAGCGGAAAAUACAAAAAGCUGAACGGGCAAAGUUGCAAAGGGAUCUGAACCAGCAGUUGAAUGCAGAAAAAGAGGAAAAGCAAAGGAUCAACGAACAAAUGUUUCGAGCUUGGCUUGCGAAGAAACGGGAGCAGUCUAAACAGAAAUAUAUGACUUUUUCUAAGUUCAACUACGCCAUUUACUACUCAAAAUUCUCUCCACUGAACCGGCGGUCGAGCCCGGCCCAGCUGGAGGAGAACAGACGGACACAAAAUGGACAUGGAAAAGUUUCUCAGACUAAAUGCACCGAAGAGGAAGGAUCUAAUUUCGAGAUAUACCUUGGACUCUCCGUUGACUGAAAAGGACCCGACCGCGACUAAUUUCAUCGGGAGAAAAUAGCUCAGGCUCAGGUGUACGGGGCUCGCGAUUCAGUCGGAGAUUGUAAUUAACUUCAAACUCCUCAAACUGAUCCAAGGAGCUUGAUCACUGUCUUGUGGUUAUCGUAUCACAGCAGGUGAUAUAAUCAGUAUGCCUCGGAAAUAACGGAUUAAGUCCUUGCAAGAUUCGCUGGACUACGCCAGAUUGUGGAAUCCAUUUUUCUAGCCAAUUGUAAAUGUUUACCCUGAUAAUUUUGGUCAUCAAACAAUGGAUCAUCAGACAGGAUGAAAACUGGAAUACAUUCUCCAAUAAGGAGCUACUAUUUCAACGCAGCUAUCUGUGUAGGUAAAGUAAUGGAACAUGUGUUAUUUCUGGACCUCGCCAGAAUUAUUAGGUCAUUGUUGCAAAAUUUGGUCCAACUGCACUACUAAGUUAUAUUUUUCAGUCAAAAUUUCACACAGAAUACGUUGAAUUUUCAAAAAAAAAGAAAGAAAAAAAAAGAAGAAGCUUUAAGUCAAUCAACGAUUGAAAAAUUAGUGUCGAUAGUUAUACUUAGAAUCACCGAAUUCAAAUUUCUCACUUCAGAAAAAUAAAAAUCAACGCAGAUUAGCAAUUGAACCUUCAUCACUUUAAAAAUACAAAUAUGUCAUGUUGGUAUAAAUAACUCCUCUCUAAGUCUGUUUUUGUGGAGCUUUAGAGAAAAAUUCAACUCGCUAAGAAAUUAUUUCAUUAUUGAAUGUCUGAAAUUUUCCAUUAUUUCAAAUCUUUACAAUGUGCUGGAAUUAUAUCAAUCGAUAUUAUAUGUGAUCCAAUUAAAUGCCCUCUCUGUAAUUAUUAAAAUUAAAAAAACAUAAUUUAGUAUGUUUUUUUUACGUUUGACUGAGAGUACUGACAUGAAUGUGGUGGCCAAUUCGUUGAAGGUAUAGCUCAUUGUUUGGCAAAUGACAAGCACAUGACACAUUAAUAUCUUGCAUACAAGUUUUUGGAAGCUUUUAAACUUUCCACCGUAUUCUACGUAACUUUUUUCUCCUGCUCUGUGGUCCAUUGUUAACGCAAGAGUCAGUAUAUGGCCCGUGAAUUGUCUCUGCUUUACGAAAGAGCGGCGCUAUCAGAAAUAUUUAUACAUUUCAUUCCCUUUUUCAAAGUUUUUAAUUUCAGGACUUUAUGUUCCCUCAAUUUUUUAACAAUGAAUCCAUUUGUUAUAUCGGCAGUGACGUCAUGCGCUAUUGUUAGUUGAGAGUUUUUUGUUUGUUGUUAUCUAGUCAAUGUAUCCAUUUUAGACUUGAAUCAAUCAAAAUAUUUGCAUUUGGGUCACUUCAUUGAUCAUUGGAUCCCUGAAGGCUUCAAGUUAUACGUUAGUGCUUUAAGACUCGGAUGCAACUAUUCAUGCACAAGGGAUAUUUGUGUUGCAUACAGGAAAAGAUGAAGGAGUUUCUUACUUUUUAAUACAAAAUUGCAAUACCGAUUAAUUUAACUGUAUACGUGCAAGCACAGAAUAAUCUGGAGACAUGCUGAUUAAAUCUAUACAUUGGCAAUUAUGCUGAAGAGACUAGACGAUUGUACCACUUUCGUAGUCUCACUUUAGGGAGGCAGCAAGCUUCUUUGAAGUUCGCAGUGAUAAGAAAAAUUAAUAUAAUCGAAAAGGAUGAAGAUCAAAAUGCAAUUAAUUGCGUCUCUGUGGGCUCAUUGAACUCGUACUCGUAUUUAAUCUUGAUCAAUUUUUUACGUCGUAGACAAAUGAAUUACUGCAGUAAAUUACAAAUGUUGCACACAUCAUUUUCAUGUGAAUGUUAUUUUACAUCGCAGAUCGAGUGCUUUCUGUAAUUCCCUUCUCAUGGAAGCUACCUUUUUAUUAUGUUGCUAUGUCAGUUAUGUUAUACAUUUUGUGAAGAGAAGGGCUAAAAUGUGUAUGUGUAGGUACCUUAUCCGCGUUGUAGGCGGACUACUCGAUCCAUCCAUAAAUUUAUGAUACACUUAUAAUUUUAUUAAAAAAGGAGGAGUUUAAGGUGACUUAACAAGAUUCUGGAAGCAACAGAUAGGAUUAGUGCCUAUAUGGUUCCAUUCAUUCACUCUAAGAAGAUUUGGUCUUAAAUCUUGUUUCAUACUCUUGACUUCAGUUCAACUAUACGUCUAAUUUCUCAGACUUCUUUUAUUUUUACAGCUCAUUAUGGUCUCUUAAAUGUUUUAAAAUAAACAAUACGGUUUUUUAUUUUCUACA